UCCAGGGAAUGAAGCCCGUAUGCGCAUGGGCGGAGAUACUGCCGCUGUGCGCUGUUAUUAUUGUAAGAGUAAUUUCUUUUUUACGAAAAUGGCGUCUAGUCAGGGAGGUGUGGGAGCUGUCACGGCUCUUCAAAGCCAUCACUACUCCAGCGGACCUCCUUGGACCCCGGGCUUCAGCCAGUACCAGCACCAACAGCAGCACCACACGGCCCGCAGCCUGGACCGGGCUCUGGAGGAUGCCGUGUGCUCCGGGAUACUCAACCUGAGCGGCAGGAAGCUGAGGGAGUACCCGGGGAUGAGCCAGGAUCUGACCGACACAACACAAGCAGAUUUGUCCAAGAAUCGACUGACAGAAAUCCCCCCUGAUUUGUGUCUGUUCGCCCCCCUGGAGUCGCUCAACCUCUACCACAACUGCAUCAAGUGCGUCCCAGAAGCCAUUAUCAACCUGCAGAUGCUGACUUACCUGGACAUCAGCCGAAAUCUCCUGUCAGUUUUGCCAAAAUAUUUGUUCAGCCUCCCCCUCAAAGUUCUGCUUGUGAGCAACAACAAGCUGGUGUCCAUCCCCGAGGAGAUCGGCAAGGCCAAAGAGUUGAUGGAACUGGACGUGAGCUGUAAUGAGAUCCAGGUGCUGCCGGCUCAGGUUGGGAGGCUUUACGCUUUGAGAGAACUGAACAUCAGGAGGAAUUGCCUUCACAUGCUGCCUGAGGAGUUGUCUGACCUACCUCUCAUCCGCCUUGACUUUUCCUGCAAUAAGAUCACAGAGAUUCCUCCGGCUUACAGGAAACUCCGGCAGCUGCAGCACAUCAUCCUAGAUAAUAAUCCUAUGCAGUCUCCACCCGCACAGAUUUGCCUGAAGGGCAAAGUGCACAUAUUGAAGUACCUGAACAUCCAGGCGUGCAGGACGGACAAGAAGCCGGACACCCUGGACCUCCCCUCCCUCGGCAAACGAUGCAUCCCUCAACCACUCACAGAUAGCAUGGAAGAUUUUUAUCCCAGUAAGAACCACGGGCCUGACUCUGGAAUCGGUAGUGACAAUGGCGACAAGAGGCUGUCUACGACUGAGCCUUCAGACGACGACACAGUCAGCCUCCACUCUCAGGUUUCAGAGACAGCCCGUGCUGAUGCCCUCUCACUCCUCUCCAAAAUGGACUCUUGCAAAGAUCAGGAUCUCUAUGACUUUAUAGACCCCAACCCGGACGAGGAUCCUGCUCUGUCAGAGUGUGACGGGCAGCAGAGCGGUCAUGUGUCUUGUAUAAAGGAACUGGAAAAGGUUCUUAACAUGUCUCACCAAAGCAAAGACAAAGAGAACUGGAAAGAGGAAUCAGGGUGA